CGAUUGGGCUCCGGUUCAUCUCGGCUCGGUUCAUCUCGGCUCGGCUCGGCUCGGUUCGGUUCGGUUGUGUUGGGAGCGAUGUCGGAGCCGGAGCCGCGUUUGGCGCAGGAGAAGGAGGAGGAGAGCGAAGAGGAGAGUGAAAUCCUCGAUGAGAGCCCCUGCGGGAGGUGGCAAAAGCGGCGCGAGCAGGUGAAUCAGGGGAACAUGCCGGGAAUCCAGAGCACCUUCCUGGCCAUGGACACCGAGGAGGGCGUGGAGGUGGUGUGGAACGAGCUGCUCUUCACUGACAAGAAGGCCUUCAAAGCUCACGAGGAGAAGAUCAAGACCAUGUUUGAGCAGUUGGUCCUGGUGGAUCACCCCAACAUCGUGAAGCUCCACAAGUAUUGGUUGGACGUGAAGGACUCGAAGGCGCGGGUCAUCUUCAUCACGGAAUACGUCUCCUCCGGAAGCCUCAAACAGUUCCUGAAGAAGACCAAGAAGAACCACAAAGCCAUGAACGCCAGGGCCUGGAAGCGGUGGUGCACGCAGAUCCUCUCUGCUCUCAGCUUCCUGCACUCCUGUGAACCUCCCAUCAUCCACGGGAACCUCACCAGUGACACCAUCUUCAUCCAACACAACGGACUCAUCAAGAUCGGCUCAGUUUGGCACCGAGUGUUCGCCAACGCGCUGCCGGAUGACCUCCGGAGUCCCAUCAGGAUCGAAAGGGAAGAGCUGCGCAACCUCCACUUCUUCCCACCGGAAUACGGACAGAAGACCGACGGAACGGCCGUGGACAUCUUCUCCUUCGGGAUGUGCGCCCUGGAGAUGGCGGUGUUGGAGAUCCAAAGCAACGGGGACACCCGCGUCUCCGAGGAGGCCAUCGUCAGGGCGCGACAUUCCUUGGAUGAUCCCAACAUGAGGGAGUUCAUCCUGUCCUGUUUGACCCUCAACCCGGACAAGCGGCCGACGGCCAACAGUCUCCUCUUCCACCGGGUGCUCUUCGAGGUCCAUUCCCUGAAGCUCUUGGCCGCCCACUGCUUCAUCAACAACCACUACCUGAUGCCGGAGAACGUGGUGGAGGAGAAGAUCAAGGAGUUGGACCUCAACAUGGUGAUGGCGGAGAUACGGAGAGAGGGUCAGCCUGGAGUGCAGUGGAGGUACUCGGAGGUCUCCUUCCUUGAGCUCGACAAGUUCUUAGAGGACGUCAGGAACGGGAUUUACCCUCUGAUGAACUUCGCCGUCUCCAGACCUCACGUCCUCCCCCGGGCGCUCUCCCAACCUCAGGAGGACCCUCAGAAAGCCAAAACUCCCACCCCGGAACCCUUUGAUGUGGAGACCAGGAAGGUGGUACAGAUGCAGUGCAACCUGGAGCUCAACGAGGAGAAGACCCAGUGGCACGUGAGUAUCCACCUCCUCCGGAGCAUCGGGGCCAACUCUGGAACCCUCACCGGAAAAAGGAGGUGUUGGAAGGGGUCCAGAGGAGGUCACGGAGAUGAUCCGAGGGCUGAAGAACCUCCUGGGUGGGACAGGGUGAGAGGUGGGGGUGUCCAUCCUGGAGAAGAGACCUCAGAGGAGCUUCCAGGAUGGAGAGGAGCUCCAGGAGAGCUCCGGGAGAUGAUCCACGGAGAUGAUCCGAGGGCUGGAGAACCUCCUGGGUGGGACAGGGUGAGAGCUGGGGGUGUCCAACCUGGAGAAGGUUGACUGUCCCAUCCCUGGAGGGGUUCCAGGCCACGUUGGAUGGGG